AACAGAACCAACUUGCCUCUUCUCUUCUUCUUCCUCUCCUCUAUUCGUUCUUCCUUCUCCCUAUCAUUCUGCUUCCAAUCUUUCCUUUUUCUUCUCUAAAUCUCACUUUCUUCUUCUCUAAUUCAAUCUCAAUCGCCGGGACAGAUCCAGGAUCAUUACAUUGAUCCAAAGAUAUCGGUUGAAUCGGAGAAGGAAGAGGUGGUGGCCUCCCGUAAUCCAGUGAUGUCUCCUAAAUUGGAGAAGGAGGAGGUGGCCCGUGAUCCAGAGAUGUCCCCUAAAUCGGAGAAUGCCCUUGAUCCAGAGACAUCUCCUAAAUUGGAGAAGGAGUCCGCUGAAUCUGAUGAGGAGUCUCUUGAUGCAGAGACGUUCUCUGAAUCCGAGGAAUCACAGGAUUUGUACUCUGACUCGGGGGAUGAGGAGAGGGAGGCCCUGGAGAUAUUGAUCCCUGAUCCGAGGGAGAUUGAUGGUAAUUAUCCAGAGAACAAGUACGGUAAAAAAUCCAGUAAAUGCUUUGAUAAGUAUCGAAAGCGGGAUUUCAAACCCAAGGAAGACGAUCCCAAAUAUAUAUUCGAAGACGGUGUUUUUGUGGGCGAAGAUGUUAAGCUGCGGGUUAUCCAUUAUAGGAGGAAGAAGUGGGUCACCGGUUGUUUCUAUGCUGAUUGCCGACCAGCCCACCCUGGUCACGGAGGCAUUUUCCACCGAGAACAUUACAGGCACAUUCUGAAUAUGGACGAGGCAAUUCACUCUGCUGUUACAUUCGUCAUCAAUGAAUAUGAGACUGUGAAGGGCAAGAGGUUGGAGUUAAAAGAGAUUCGGAACGUGACUAUGGAGCAAUAUGCCUGCUGGAUGUUAUAUGUGACUUUCAGUGCCUACGAACCGCCUGAUGAGAGUACUGAGCAGAUUUACCAGACCUUGGUAACUAAUGCCCGCUUGUCAAUUGGACAUCAUAAAGUUUUUAUCUUCAGGAGGAAAAUAAUCGGCCAAGAUGAAUAUGAGGAUAUGUUACCGCCGACCAACGACGCAAUUGACAGUCGCACAAGAGUAAGGAAGGAGCUGAUGCACACCUUGGACGAGGAAGAUAGGGAAGAGAUAGCCAAGUUUUUUGAGCUCGAUAUAAAGCCAGAUCAGGUGAAGUAAAUGAAUUCCUUCCUUGGAAAGGGAGAAAGAGACCACAGGUAUAGGUGGUCUGGCUGGCUGCUCCUUUAAAUAGAGGGAGACAAGUACGAUUUGUUAUUGAUUGAUGCAAGUUAAUCCAGGACAAGAGCACGUAUAUGUAUUGUCUCUUCUCUUUAUUUUGUUACUACUUAGUUGAUCCAGGAAUAGGUGUUGUAGUUCAAGUGCUCCCCUGGAACUUGGAGUGGAGACAUGAAUGACAAUGUAUUUCGCAGGCUUUCAUAUUAACUAUGUGUAGUUUGUUAUCUAAAUGUAGUCUUGUAUAUCCCUUAGAAGUUGAACAAAUGGAUUGAGGAUGGGGUGGAAAUGAGGGUCUAUGUGUAGUGUAGGGAUGGCAACAAAACCCAAACUCACGGGUACCUACCCGACCCAAUCCGGUCAACAUGGGUAAAUCUGUGUUGACGGGUUUUGGGUCGGGUUUGGGUUUAAACUCGUUUACUAUUCACCGGGUUGGGUUUGGAUUUAGGUAAACCCGACCCAUGGGUACCCGCCCACACCUAUAUAAUUAUUUAUCUCGGUAGGUUUAAUAUUCUAAACAACUAAUCUUAUUUAUGUUUGUGGAGACAUAUCUAAUUUUUUCUUUCGAAUUGUGUAGAAUGAAGUUGAUGUUAUCGA